GGACUCCCGUGACUCCCCUGCAGCUCGGGAGGACGCACUGCCGAGUCGGCGGCCACGCUGGAAGUGAAUAAUUCGCCGGGGCGUCCCGCGGCCGCGCAGCCCCGAACGCCAUGCAAUCCCCGCCCGACUGGCCCCCGACGCCCGGCACCCUACGGCCCUCUCCCUUCCCGCACUCUGCUCUGCACGCCCUCCAUGGUUUGGCCCGCGCGCUGCUCUUCCCGGCCUACUGGGCCCUGGACCGGCUGCUGCUUGGCUGCUGGGCCCCGGCGGCGCGCGGGAGAGGCCCGAGGUGGCUGAGCACGGCGGCGGUCGCGGGAGCCGCCCUGCUGCUGCUGCUGCUCAGCCUGCCCCUGGCACUGCCGGGCCUGCUGCUCUGGCUGCCGCUGCAGAUUUGGCGCCGCCCUUUCUGCUACCAGCCCCCUCCGCUGUGCCGGGCACCCCCUGUGCCCUGGCGCCCCCCAAAUGAGCUCGCGGGCUGCUUCGGCUUCCUCAGCGCCAAGCUGUGCCUGCUCCCCGACGGGCUGGCGCGCUUCAGCAACUUGCGGCACAGCCAACGGCGAGCAGAGGCGGUGGGGGCCGUGUUGCUCACCGGCCUACGGCCGUCGCGCCAUGAAGCUAUGGGCUGUAGUCCUCCAGGGCCGGGGGCGCCGUGCGGGAUGCUGACAGCUACGGUGCCUGCGGGUCUGGAUUUCGUCUGUCUGCAGGAGAUGUUCGAUCUGCGCUCAGAGAGCAGCCUGGUGAGCCGCCUGGCACCCAAUCUGGGCCCGGUGCUGUACGACGUGGGCAUGUUCGGCCUGCAGCCCCAGCCGCACCUCAAGCUGCUGGGCAGCGGCCUGCUGCGUGCCUCCUUCCGGCCCUUCCCCCACGCGAGUCGCGAGGAAUCGCUGGCCUCCAAGGGACUGUUUUCCGCACAGGCACAGCUGGGCAUCCUGGAUGGGCGCCGCAUCGUGGGCUUUCUGCGCCGCACGCACUUACAUGCGCCGAGUGAGGACGGGCCCUUGCGCUGUGAACAGCUCUCGCUGCUGCUGGACUGGGCCGAGCAGUUCGAGGCCGAGAGCCGCCAGAAUGACGAGGACGUGGCCUUCAGCGUGCUCCUGGGUGACCUAAAUUUCGACAACUGCUCACCAGCGGACGCGCAGGAGCAGCGGCACCCGCUCUUCAGCCGCUUCCGGGACCCUUGCCGGCUGGGCAGGCCGGAGCAGCCUUGGGCUCUGGGAACCGUGCUGAGCACCGCCACGCCCCGCCACUCGGUGGCCCGCUCCCCGGAGAUGCUGCGGAAGGCCCUGGGGCAGGAGGAAGGGCGCCUCCGCUACCCCGGCCCUCCUGGCGGAGGCCGCCGGGACUACUUCACCUUCCGGGGAGCCCCGGGGAGCCCUCUGAGCCCAGAGGUGGAGCAGGUGACAUCCAGCACCGCCUUGACGGGGCUCACUGCCCACCCGGCGGUGGGACUGCGACUCCGAGGGUCCAAGCCCUGA